AGUGAGAAGUGAGAGAACACACAAACUCUGUUUUUUCUUUCAAUCAAACAAUCCCCAAUUCGAAACCCUAACCAUCAAUUUCUCGUUGAUUCGCUAAAUUCAAUCGAAGAAAUGAGCAAAGACGAUGGCACUGUCGAGAUCACUCACAAAACCAUCGGCCCAUCUCGUCCCUCCCGGAUUCGAGUGGCGUCUCGUAUCAAAGUUCGUGAUUUGAGGAACGCGAUUGCGGAAAAGGGUCGGUUCCCCGUCGCGAAUUUGAGGAUGAUUCUCCGUGGGAAGGCAUUGCAAGACGAGGAAGAUGGAGAAGACGUGUACGUCACGCUCAAGGACGAAGAUUCUUUGACUGUUGCUGUAGUUCCAAAACGACCAGUUGGAGUUGAGACAUUCGAUGAUGAUGAUGACGAGGAUGAAUUGAAGUUUAAGCUCCCACCAUCAGCAAGCAGGUGGAAGAGGAAGCUUUACUACUUUCUUCGUAACAAGUUGAAGCUUCCCGAUAUCAUUCUUAUGGGACUCUUCUCUUUAAGUCUAAAGAUGUGGGUUAUUAUCACAUUGUGGUUUAUCUUGGCGCCUAUUGCCCAUCGCUGGGAACUAGGCCCUAUAUUUUUACUAGGGACUGGCUUUUCAAUCAUCUUGCUCAACCUUGGUAAACGACAACCUGGUGAUGUCAGUGCAUAUUCCAUAUUCAACGAGGACUUUAGAGAGCUUCCAGGUACAUAUAAUGCAGAGCGUAUAGACCGGGACAUACGAGCAGGCCAUAUAUGAUGCAAAAUAACAUCAACGGCAUUGCUUGAUUGAGGUUGACAUCAACGGUGGAACAGAACUUAUAGAUAGCCAAUAUGCAACCAAAAGAAAAAGAUCAGAUGUUUUUGUCCCAUCAGACUGAGACAAUACAAAAAGCAUAACAGUACUUGUACAUGAGAUCUAAUCUUGAUAUUGAAAGAAUGUAAUGCCCUAAUAAUCCGUUUGCGAGUAACAUUUUGAAAAAAAAACAUUGAUAGUUCAGUUGUCUUCACUCUUUACCAUAUAACUUUUGAAUGAUUCUAUUUC